AUGGCUUCAUUCCCUGACUUGAAGACAUGUCCCCUAUGCAAAGAACUGUGCUGCUCAUCUGCUCCGCUCUCCUCCAACUCGUCCACCUCCUCGUCCUCGUCCCAUGCCUCAACUAGCUCAUCUACCUCAUCCUCCAGAAGGCUCCACGUCCUCCCCUGCCUCCAUGCCUUCUGCAGGCAGUGUCUGGAGGGCCAGCGGAACCCCGGAGACCCCUUGAAACUCCGGUGCCCGACAUGUGACCAAAAGAUUCUAAUGCCCGAAUCAGGAGUAGACGCCUUGCCCUCGUCAAACUUUUUAUUUAGCAACCUGUUGGAUGCCAUGGUAAAUUUGUCUGAGGAGCAAAUUAACAAUACUGUUAGCAGCAGCAGGGGCAACAACUUGUCUCACAGACACAGCAGAAAGCCCCUGUGCAGCUCUUGCGACGAGGGCAACCCUGCUACCUCUCACUGCCGAGACUGCCAGGAGUACCUUUGUAACAACUGUGUAAGGGCACACCAAAGGGUCCGGCUUACCAAAGACCAUUUCAUUGAUAGACUAGUGGAGAGUCUGUUUCACCAGCACCUGGGGAACCUAACCAACAACUGUAACAACACUUCUACUGCCACUCUGAGCCAGUCCUCCUUCCAGUCGAGCUACUCUCUGCUGCCUGUCUUUCAGGACAAGCUGAGUUUCUGCCAGCAGCAUGACAAUGCGGUAAGUUUGUCCAUCUGAGUCUAACAGCAGUAAUGUUGUUUAAUUUCAUCAUCAGAUAGAUUAGAGGAUGUGGGAGGAUGGGGCUGUCUGGCCCUCCACCUCUUCAAAGCCUAACGUGGGUUUGGGUGUUAUUGGACAAACUCAUACAUUUACAUUUACAUUUUAGUCAUUUAGCAGACGCUCUUAUCCAGAGCGACUUACAGGAGCAAUUAGGGUUAAGUGCCUUGCUCAAGGGCACAUCGACAGAUUUUUAACUUAGUCGGCUUGGGGAUUAGAACCAGCGACCUUUCGGUUACUGGCACAACGCUCUUAACCACUAAGCUACCUGCCGAUCUACCAUUCGGGCUUGACAGUCCAUAGCAAUAUCACAGUUUCAUAACACUAAUUUCACAGUCUCCGUCUCAUUACACCAAAGUCAUGGAUAAAUAAUAUAUUAUAUAAAUGUACAUUUGGAGAGUUUUUGGAGCAGUGUCUCUGCUGGGGUGUACUUGGACUAAGCAGCAGUGCAGUCCCUCACUCCUGUCCAUUGUCUCACGUCACUAGACGUCACGCAGUUGCCAGGAGCCAAUGCAGACGUGAGACAAUGCACUCCUGUCCUGACUCCGGUGCAGACAGUGUGUGGUGUGAAAGUGUAGGCGUGCAGGCUCCCAACAGAGAAACACACAGGAAGCCUUUACUCAGUGGAAGGCCAGUCGGAAUGCCAUGACGUCGUAACGUUAGUCUUCAGCAGAGCAGUCGUCUGGGAGACAUGCUGAUGAUAGGACUACACACACACAUUCUCUCUGAGGACCAAGAUGGGAUGGAGGGGAGCCAUCUGGUGUUGUGGAGCUGCUUGUAGGCUGGAGCCUGCGUCUCAAAUGGAACCAUAUUGCCCUAUGGGCCCUGGUCAAAAGUAGUGCACUAAAAAUUGGAAUAGGGUGUCAUAUGGGAGGCAGCCAGAGAGAGAGGGGUUCCUUUCCUCCUAUGGUAGGACCAGAUCUUCAUCAGGAAUGUGGAACGGUUUUCGCUAGGGCUGAGGAAACCUUUAAUACAGUUUAAAGUUCUACUGUAGGCUACACAUGCACAAACAUUGCAUUGGCAUGAUUCAGCUCUUUUAUGAAAGGAAUUGUAAAUAUUUUCUCCCCAUGAAUGUAAAUCUCGGUGUUGAAGAGGCUUUGAAAAUAGUUUUAACAUGACAGAGUGGACGGUUGGUUUCCCUGCUAGUCCAGACAUCAGCAGACAUAGCAUUAACAAUGGGGCCCAGCCUUCUCAUUGGGAUUAUGAAAACAAUGUCUAGCCAAAAUAACUCUGUGGAUGCAUCCCAAAUUGCACCCUAUUCCCUAUAUAGUGCACUACUUUUGACUUGAUCCCUAAGGUAAAGUAGUGCACUACAAAGGGAAUAGGGUGCCAUUUGGGACUCGAUGUUGCCAUAAAACAGGCAGGCAGCGUGGCCGGCGAGUCAGUGGAACAUAUGUCUGAACAGUUAACGCUGUUAUAUGAAGAAGACAGAUGGAGCAGUCAGUCCACCAGUCCAGUCCAGUCUGGGAAAAUAAAGAAAGCAGUUGGAACCGUCUGCAGAUUGUGUUUCUGAUGAACAGUGGAAAGUAGAAGGGUGAUUCACUCAGCGUGUGAGUCACAUUUUUUCAUCUGCUGAGUCCAGAUUUUUGUACAGCUGGAAUAUCACCAUUGUUUGAAACAGAAUGGGUCUACGCAAAAUCCCAGCUGUGAUGAAGUGUUGGGCACACCUAUCAGUGUAGAGCACGAGCUUGUCAAAGGGAGAUGUGUCCAUUAAUGGAUUUUUGUUUUGACCGCCAGGUCUCGGUUUUGGUUCUUGAACUUCCGGGUACUGGAGUGGACAUUCCGUUUGGACACUUCCCUUUAGUUGGGUAGUUCCUUCAGACUCUUCCAUGAACCAGGGGGCUCCUAUGGGUGGGUGUGUGUGUACUGGGAGGGGGCUGUAGGGUAGUUCAGCAGACGCAGGUCUGGCUGCCCCCCCCCCAACACACGCACACACAGCACACAUGGAAGCGCUUUCAUAAUUUUAUAUACAAGUAACGUCUGGCAUGGCAUCAAAGCAGCCCUCUCUCUCUCUCUCUGGGAUUGGAUGGAAGCCCUAUUCCUAGACAGCGAUGGGCUCUGAAAUGUCUCAUGUGUUUCUGGCUCAUAGUCAGUCCAUGAGGAGGCACAGUUCUUAUUAGGGUUCUGAAAUUCUGGGAACUUCCCCAAAAACUUUUCCAGAAAUCCUGGUUGGAAGAUCACUUGAAUCUGGAGGGAAUAAGUAGAACAUCUAGGAACGCUCCAACCGGGAUUGGAGAAGAAAACCUGGGAGUUUUGGUGAGUGAAUCACAACUGGAAGUAAUCUAUCUGCACACAGAAAGACUUGGCAUAUGCUUGUAGUGUUCUAUUGCUGAGGCUGAGCCAUAGAGAUCAAGUCAUGCAUGUUACUGGAAGGACGCACAAACCAACAAACACUGCUGGCCAUUUUUUAGAGCGGUACACACUCCGUCAUGGUGCUCUGAACGCAUUCUCUCUUUCUCCCCUCUUACACACACACACACACACACUCUCUGCUGGGGCCCGAGCUGAUAUUGUUUGUCUUCUCGUAAGCAGCCAAUGAGGUCACCCCAUUUGUCUUGAUACGGUGGUCGUGCACACUGUUUUCAGUGUGUGUGUGUGUGUGUGUGCAGCGCUUAGCAUUCUAGGCCACGUGUGACUUCUGUGAAACAGGAUGAGCACGGAAAGGGCAACACCGGGUUGUGUUGAUCUGUACGGUCCACGCUCUGUGUGUGUGUGUGUGUUUUACAUCAGCCCCGUGUGGGAAUUCUGGCAUUUUUACAUUAUUCUCUCUCUCUUUACAUUUCUCAUGGAUCUACAGGCUAGCGAGGAAACAACAAUUUAGUUGAUUUUACUGUCUGAGAUUCUGAUGAAUCAUAAUUCCAGAUGUUUUCUGAUUUAGAAGUUUUUGAAGUCCACCAUUCCAGGGAAUGGUUUGAGUCCCUUUUUUAUUUAUUUAUUUAUUUACUUCAGACACAUUAAAUACCAUAAUAUGGACUGGAAAGUGAUAACAGCUCUGUCCAGUUCCACAGAAGUUCCAGUGCAUCCUGACUUUGGUUCCUUUUACCCCAGCUUUGGGUCACCUUUGGCCACUUCUGUUGGCAGUUUGGUGUUUUAAAGGCCUAUACUAUUCCUCCCCUCCCUCUGAUGCUGAUAGAUACAGGAUCACAACCUCUGGUAGGGUAACACAACACUAGGACUGUAACGGUCAUGGAAUCUUGGAUGAUUGUAAUUGGCUAGCCAAAUGACCGCGGUCACUGUAAUAACCGUUUGAAUAACAAACAUAUAUUAUUAUUAACGUUUUUUGGCUGAGGUUUUCUGCUCUCCUCUCUACUGGCAGUCAUGUGCAAUAGGGUGCCAUUUGGGACGCAUGUGCUAUGUUUCCAGUAGUUUUAUGCCGUGUGUUCAGAGGAGAUGCCUAAUCCUAGAGUACACUUCUUCCUGGCACUGGGGAACUGUAUCUGUCAUUGAAAUGCCAACCCAAACCCUCAACUUCAGUAUCAUGCGUGGAACUCCACAUACAGUAUAAACCCAGGACAAUUUGCGCUAAUGCGUGAAUGACGCUAGAGACAUUUGAGCUGGUGGGGUGGAACGGAAGUGGAGGGAGGGAGGGAGGGGCUCAUACCAAGAUGAUGUCACUAGUAGGCAUUUAGUACGAUAUAUCGACCUUCAUAUCGGUAUCAGACACACACACACACACUAGGAUAAGGGAAUUCUUUCUGUGCCAGAGGCAUGGGACGGGUACUACAUAACAUCAGUGAGUGAGUGAUUGCAUAUUGGUCAGUCAGAUGAAAAUCACCUUAGACAGCACAACCUAGUGGUCCCUGGGAAUCUCAAUAGCAUAUUCCUCGUGUCCUCUCUCCUUGUCUCCUUCUCAACACCCAUUGGAGGAGAAGGUCAGAGGGGAAAAACCUCUGGCUUUCUCCUCCAAUGGGUUUAGAGAAAGAGACGAGGAGAGAGGAUGCGAGGAGUAUACAAUUGGGAUCUUCCCCAUCAGUCUGGCUCUCCUGCUCUGAGCUGGGGUCUAAAGACGUCAGCAUGCUUCAGUUCAGCUGGCGGCUAGCCGAACCAAAUGAGUGUGCUCGCAAACACCUUUUAAAGACCUUCGCUUGAAAAAUGAGAAACAAGCAGCAAUAGUACCAUUUUGUCGAUUUGAGACGCUGUAGCCAAUUCAUCAACAUAGUCAGAAUUCAUCUAAAAUAACCCAAGAAAUCUGCCACUUUGAAAUUUUGAUGUUUGGUGCAGUAUGAAAAAAUUAGCACGAAAACCAGUCUUUUCUCGUUGAAUGACAACAAAUACUUUAUUGACGAAUCCCUACUGUUGACCAAUCACAGACGAAGGAGCGUAGACUUCAGCCACGGACUUCGGCUACGGACUUUGGCUUUCCUCAAGGAAAAAAUGUUUUGUGUGGCCGAACAGCCGAAGGAACCCUUACCGAAGUCCAAAACGUGGUGUUGAAGGCUGUAUUCGAGGUGCUAGUCACCACUGAUGGAUUGGCCUGUGUGGUGGGGAGAGGAAAGCACCUCCAAACUCCUUAAUUUGGUAAUUUCAUUGAGAUUAAUCUGCCUCAGUGAUUACUGUCGGAUAGAUCCGUUGACAUUUUCAAAUUGCUCACUGGGUAGAGAGAAGGGGCCAAUGGGUGAGAUAUGUACCCCGGCCCAUGCUGAGUGAUCCAUCAUUUUAUGAGGACUUUGUGGUUCUGAGUGGAUUACACACACUCGCUCUCAUACUGAAUCUCCAGAACGAACUCGAGUAUCCAGUCUAAAUUAAUUCUCAUUGUGAAAACACUCUGACAACUUCACCUCUGCAUUAAGCCUUAGUAUCGUCAGAGAAGUAUGUCCCCACACCAGCACCAAAUCAUAUUAUGACUGUUGCUAUAGAGACAUGUACUAGCUAUGUACUAUAUGGUCCUUGAAUGAAGUUCUGGAUACGUGCCACGCAUCCAUGCACUUUAGUGCUAAUACAUAGGAACAUAUCUAAGAUAAACGUGUCUUUAGGGGCUCUGUAUUGUAAAUAUUGAUGUUCUUGGCAACUGACCAAUGUAAUUGUUUAUUGGCCUAUAUUAUGUGGUGAUUUGGCCUGCAUCACUCACCCUACUUUCUCCAUCCAACCCUGUACACUCUACCCUUUCACUCCUGCUUCCCCUCUUCCUGUACGCUCUACCCUUUCACUUCUGCUUCCCCUCUUCCUGUUCGCUCUACCCUUUCACUCCUGCUUCCCCUCUUCCUGUUCGCUCUACCCUUUCACUCCUGCUUCCCCUCUUCCUGUACGCUCUACCCUUUCACUCCUGCUUCCCCUCUUCCUGUACGCUCUACCCUUUCACUCCUGCUUCCCCUCUUCCUGUUCGCUCUACCCUUUCACUCCUGCUUCCCCUCUUCCUGUACGCUCUACCCUUUCACUCCUGCUUCCCCUCUUCCUGUACGCUCUACCCUUUCACUCCUGCUUCCCCUCUUCCUGUACGCUCUACCCUUUCACUCCUGCUUCCCCUCUUCCUGUACGCUCUACCCUUUCACUCCUGCUUCCCCUCCUUUCUUUCUUUCUUUCUUUCUUUCAUUCUUCCCCUCACUCUUUCUUUCACUCUACUCUGCUUUAGACAGGACUGUGUCCAAAACACUGAGUAUGUGAUGCCGUACAGUACAUCGUUGUGCAGACCGAGGCAGAGCCAUAGCUUAAUGUCAUUGUUACUAUUAUUCAAUCGUCAGGACCCGACAGUCAACAUGUUAGAUAUUGUACAGAAUGUAACAAUAAAACUUUGUCUGCGGUUGGUUGUUGCUGUAUGUGAGAGGAUGACUGUUCUGUUGCUGACUGUGUGCUUCUUUGACUGUCCCUCUGCAGGUUCUGUAUUUCUUCUGUGACACGUGCUCUGUGCCCGUCUGUGGGGAGGGCAGUGCGAGUUGUCACUCAGGCCACAGCCUCCGCUACCUCCAGGAUUCCCUGCAGGACUCCAGGACCCUCACCAUCCAGCUGCUGGCAGACGCCCAGCAGGGCAGGCACACUGUACAGGUAGGUAAUGUGAUGCAGGGCGGGCACACUGUACAGGUAGGUAAUGUGAUGCAGGGCGGGCACACUGUACAGGUGGGUAAUGUGAUGCAGGGCGGGCACACUGUACAGGUGGGUAAUGUGAUGCAGGGCGGGCACACUGUACAGGUAGGUAAUGUGAUGCAGGGCGGGCACACUGUACAGGUAGGUAAUGUGAUGCAGGGCGGGCACACUGUACAGGUAGGUAAUGUGAUGCAGGGCGGGCACACUGUACAGGUAGGUAAUGUGAUGCAGGGCGGGCACACUGUACAGGUAGGUAAUGUGAUGCAGGGCGGGCACACUGUACAGGUGGGUAAUGGGACGCAUCUCUGACCAUCCGAGAAAUCCGUCUCUCAACUGCCACUGGGUUUUAGUAUGGUGUUGGCAACACUGGGUUUGUGGGUUUGAUCCUGGUCUCUGUCCCUUUAGGUAGAGGUGUCUCUAAAUGAGGAUAUAAGGACCUUCUUUUCAUCCUUGUGAUCAGAAGAUAUAUAGGGGGAUAAACAGCAAGGACACUCUACGUUGGUGUGUGUGUGGGCCACUAGGCAGUAUAGGGGGAUAUACAGCAGGGACACUCUACGUUGGUGUAUGUGUGGGCCACUAGGCAGUAUAGGGGGAUAAACAGCAGGGACACUCUACGUUGGUGUAUGUGUGGGCCACUAGGCAGUAUAGGGGGAUAUACAGCAGGGACACUCUACGUUGGUGUGUGUGUGGGCCACUAGGCACUAUAGGGGGAUAAACAGCAGGGACACUCUACGUUGGUGUAUGUGUGGGCCACUAGGCAGUAUAGGGGGAUAUACAGCAGGGACACUCUACUUUGGUGUAUGUGGGUCACUAGGCAGUAUAGGGGGAUAUACAGCAGGGACACUCUACGUUGGUGUAUGUGUGGGCCACUAGGCAGCUCUGUCAGUUUGUAUUCAGAGACUUGACGGCAUCAGGAGCAGAAUGGAUAAUUAGUGUCCUCCAUCACUCCAGCCUCAUAGGGCCCGGAGAGGGAGAGGAGAGAGGGAGGGGAGGUUAGGAGAGAGGGAGGGGAGGUUAGGAGAGAGGGAGGGGAGGUUAGGAGAGAGGGAGGGGAGGGUAGGAGAGGGGGGAGGGAGGGAGGGUAGGAGAGAGAGGGAGGGAGGGAGGGUAGGAGAGAGAGGGAGAGGGAGAGAGGGAGAGGGAGAGAGAGAGGAAAAAAAAAAAAGGCCAUAGUGCCCAUUUAUAGCCCCCUCUAAUAACAUGAAUGCGUCCCAAAUGGCACCAUGUUCCCUACAUAGUGCACUACUUUUGACCAGAGCCCUAUAAAGGGUAUAGGGUGUCACUUGGGAUGCAGACAACCACUCAGAACAUUAGGCCACUCCUCCUUAGCCAGCUGGCUGGCAGGUGGUGUGUCAUCCAGCUGUGAAGAGAAAGUGAAGAGUGUUGGGAACAGGAUGGCUUUAGAAGGACGGCCACAAUGGAGAGGAAUUCUAGGAAGACGCUUCCUUCCCCCACCCUCUCCCCAUACACCCCCUCCUCUCCCAUAUCCCCCAAACCAACUCACUUACAUGCCAAUUAAAUAUGUAUGCCCCUCCCCUUUCUCAAAACACAAUAGAAAAACACACCUCCCCCUUACCCCCUUCAGUCUUGUGAUGCUCAGUUGAAGUUGAGGCUCACUUAGCUUGAAGACCUAUUUCACCAAAUGCUGCUAACUCAAUCUAGGGUUUUUAGCUCCUGUGAAGAGGCUGUGCUAUGACUAGGACCAGCCUGAUAAUCCAUUAUCUCCUAUGAAGAGAUCUCAUGGGCUGUGUCCCAAAUGGCAUCCUGUUCCCAAUUGUCCCUGGUCAAAAGUAGUGCACAACAUAGGAAAUAGGUGCAAUUUGGGACGCACACAUGUUCAUGGGCUUGAAUGAAACAAAGCCCGAGCUGUAGAACUCUGUCCUGAAAGGUAGAAAAGCCUUGGCCUAAAGGGUUGCAUUAAAACACCAUAAUCUCAUUCGCCUCAUGUCUCUCUGUCCACCCCCUUAACCUCUGACCCGGGAUUUGUUACUCCCAAUAGAUGAUGUCAUUGGUGCUUCCUCUCUGAUUGACACCACCACCCUGGUAGUACCCCUCAUUCCAUUGGUUGAGCUCAGUCCUGCUGAGAUGGAUCAGGUCAUGGACUGUCAUUAGGUCCCACCUAGUGAGAAGUUAAUUGAACCUAGUGAGAAGUUAAUUGAACCUAGUGAGAAGUUAAUUGAACCUAGUGAGAAGUUAAUUGAACCUAGUGAGAAGUUAAUUGAACCUUUUUUUUUAUUCUAGUCAGUCACACUAUAUCAAGGCAGACACUUUUAUCCUUAACGUUCUGAGCUUGUGCUCUAACCCCUAUAUCCACCAGAGGUGCCUCUAUGGGGUGACUUCAUGAUGAGGUCCAACUACUGGCUGUAAAAUAGCUGCUGUGUUGGCCUGGGGUCAACAGCCUCUCUCCAGCAGUAGUACUGGAGACAGUCUGAGGUAUUUCAUUCACCUAACCAACUGGCCUCAUACUGAAAGGACUUUGAGAGGUCACUCAUCACUUCAUCCACUGAUAUGGAGGAGCGGGGAGUCAUUUACACCAUAGACUCAUGAUACCCAGUAGCUUGCUGGUCCCUGGUGCAGAAAGGUUGAGAAACACUAACCUACUGUAUCUGUCUGGGAACAAUGUGUCACUAUUCAAAGGUCUUAACCUGUCAGGACUUAACCUGUGAAUAAUGUGUCAAUGUACCAUUCAAAGGUCAUGCUACAUUUAGUCCCCACACUAAAGCUGUUUCUUAAUGAUUUACCUGCAGCUGAGCAUUGAGAAAGCCCAGGCCAUCGCCGAGCAGGUGGAACUGAAGGCCAUGGUGGUCCAGUCAGAGGUCAAAGCCAUCACACAGCGUCAUAAGAAGGCCCUGGAGGAACGAGAGUGUGAGCUGCUGUGGAAAGUAAGUUGGUUUUGUGCGAAGUAGUAUCAUACAGUACAGUACAUUUACACAUUCCAGCAGUGUUACAAAACCUUCACCCCUGCCUAACAGGUCUGUGUAACUCUCUUUUAUUUAUCCCCCCCUCCCUUCUCCUCUCUCUCUCUCUCUCUCUCUCUCUCUCUCUCUCUCUCUCUCUCUCUUUCUCUCUCUCAAGAUUGAGAAGAUCCGUCAGGUGAAAGCCAAGUCCCUCUAUCUCCAGUUAGAGAAGCUGCACCAGAACCUGACCAAGCUGGACAGCACCAUUGUUACAGUAGCCCAGGUCCUGGAGAAGGGCAGUAGUCUGGACCUGCUGCUGGCCAGAGAGAGCAUACUUAUCCAGAUCACAGAGCUUAAGGCCCUCAGGGAGCUGUUACUACCACAGGACGAUGACCACAUCAUGUUCACCGCCCCCGACCAGACCCUGCUACUCGCCAUCCAGUCCCUGGGUCUGGUCAGCUCUGGGGCCUUCGCCCCCCUCACCAAGGCCCAGGGAGAGGGGCUUUGUCGGGGCUUGCAGGGUAAGCAGGCCUCCUUCACUGUGGUGGGGUAUGAUCAUGAUGGAGAGCCCAGGCUGUCUGGGGGGGACGGUGUGUCAGCUGCGGUGAUGGCGCCUGAUGGUAACCUGCUGAACGCUGAGGUGUCCGACCACCAGAACGGAUCGUACACGGUCAGCUACCUGCCCAAGGUAGAGGGAGAACAUCUGGUGUCAGUCCUUAUCUGCAACCGGCACAUCGAAGGCAGCCCCUUUAAAGUGCUGGUAAAGUCUGGCCGCAGCUAUGGAGGUAUCCCCCUGCCGGUGGACUCGUUCGGCAGGGAGGGGGACGGAGACGGGCAGCUGUGUCGCCCCUGGGGGGUGUGUGUGGACAAAGAGGGCUACAUAAUUGUAGCUGACCGGAGCAACAACAGGGUGCAGAUCUUCAAGCCGUGCGGUUCCUUCCACCACAAGUUUGGUACGCUGGGCUCCAGACCAGGCCAGUUGGACCGACCAGCUGGGGUGGCCUGCGACGGCCAGAGGAGAAUCAUCGUGGCCGACAAGGACAAUCACCGCAUCCAGAUCUUCACCUUUGAAGGCCAGUUCCUCCUCAAGUUCGGGGAGAAGGGAACCAAGGCCGGUCAGUUCAGCUACCCCUGGGACGUAGCGGUCAGCUCGGAGGGAAAGAUCCUCGUCUCAGACACCCGGAACCACCGCAUCCAGCUCUUCAGGCAGGACGGCACCUUCCUCAACAAGUACGGCUUCGAAGGGGCUCUAUGGAAACACUUUGACUCCCCCAGGGGCGUGGCCUUCACUCAGGAGGGCCACCUGGUGGUGACAGACUUCAACAACCACCGUCUGCUGAUCAUCCGGUCGGACUGCCAGUCGGCCCGCUUCCUGGGAUCAGAGGGAACCGGUAAUGGUCAGUUCCUGCGGCCGCAGGGCGUAGCAGUGGACCAGGAGGACCGCAUCGUGGUGGCCGACUCCCGGAACCACAGGAUCCAGGUGUUCGAAACCAACGGUAACUUCCUAUGCAAGUUGGGGACUCAGGGUAGCAGCUUUGGACAGAUGGAUCGCCCGUCGGGUAUAGCUGUUACUCCAGACGGAAGGAUUGUUGCCGUGGACUUUGGAAACAACAGAAUCCUUAUGUUCUAG